AUGAUUGCUAACUUUGACUCUUUAGCAUUUGCACGGACAGAGGUAAGCCUGCACCUGACCACCUUCUGCCUGCAGUACCGGCCCACCAUCGUGGCCUGUGUGUGCAUCCAUCUGGCCUGUAAAUGGUCCAACUGGGAGAUCCCCGUGUCCACCGACGGCAAGCACUGGUGGGAGUACGUGGACCGCAACGUGGACCUCCAGCUGCUCGACGAUCUCACUCAUGAGUUUCUACAAAUCCUGGAACGGACUCCGAGUAAACUGAAGAGGAUCCGGAACUGGAGGGCGUUCCAGAACUCUAAGAAGCCAAAGUCUGAUGGAGCGGACAGUGCCUUCCAGGGAGCGUCUCUCGACGGUCUCUCCAGCUCCUUCUUCCCGUCCACGUCUGACGCCGACCUGUCGUCUCUGGGUGCGGGGUCGUUCGCCGCCUUCCACAACAUGGACGCCGCCGCCAAAGCCUGUGGAUACGAGUUCCCGCCGACGCUGCCCUCAGACUUCACUCUGAUCAAAGAGAAACCGUCAAAGCAGAACGGCGCCACGUUCUCACGACCGCAGAAGGUUCUGACGCUGGAGAAAUACAGAGAAAAACAUGCUCCAGAUUUAACUUUACAAAACGGCUUCAAGACAGAGACUGAGCUGUACCCGGCCUUAUCCCCCAUCGCUCACCACCACAAGAGCAAGAGGUCACAGGCUCACAGCAGCCAAUCAGAGAGCAGGAGGGACAAGGCCAGCUCCAAGAAACCCAAAACCCAGAACUGCGUCGAGAACGGCUCCAACGAGGAGCUCAAAAUGCGGAUUAAAGUUUCCUCCGAGUCGAAGGAGAAGCACAAAGACCAUCACCGCCACUCUAAACACUCGCACCAGUACACGGUCAACGGCAGAGCGACCACGGACACGUUACUGCGGCCAGCAGGGGGCGAUGUGAGCACGGUGUCGUCCAGGAAGAGGCCUCACGGAGACAGCCACAACAGCCAUCACCACGCCAAGGGCGGCCGCGGCGCCAAGAACGCUCUCAACGCACACUUUUCAGACGUGACGCACGACGGAACCAACGGACUCCCGGCGCCCAACGGACACACGGAUUACAAAAACACGUUCGACAUGUUGGACUCGCUACUCAACGCCCAAGCGAUGAACUUGUAA